AUGACAAUUGAUUUACCAGACUAUACCAACGAUGCCUUGGACGGCUUUCUUGCAUUGAUAUACGCACUUCAAAACAACCCCGCCGAAGGAACAGGAAUAUACAAGUUAAUUCAAUUCUCUCAUAAUACGGCUGGUCCUAGUAUUCCAAUUGCUUUAUCUCAAUAUAUGACGACCUUGCAGUUUAAUUUGUUUGGAGAUUAUCCUUCAAGUCGUGACAUUAUACCUAGUGCUAUAUUCUGCGCAGCUUUUGCAGUUAUUGGAAUCUUACAUACUAUCAUUUUCACAAUAAACACUUCACGAGGCCAUUACUUUUGGAUGCUGGCAAUAAUGAUACUCUAUAGUAUAAUGAGAGUGAUUGGCUGGGCAGCAAGAAUCCCGUGGUCAAUGGAUGUCACCAAGAUUGGAAUUGGUAUAGUACAUACUGUAUUUACAAUCGUUGCAUCAAUUGUCCUUAUUUCUGUAAAUCUUAUUUUAGCUCAAAGAUUAUUCACUUGGAGACAUCCUGUUGGAGGAUCUAGAGAUCUAUUUUGGAACUUUAUGAUAGGAGCUUAUAUUGUGAUUUGUUUGUUAUUGGGUCUCACAAUCGUUGCUAAUGUAUGGCCAUACUUGUAUUUCUUGUCUCAGGAAAAAUACGAUAUAUGGGUAAAUGUGGUUCGAGCAACUUCGAUUCUUAUUGUAUUGUAUUCUGUAACAGGGAUUGCACUUAUUAAUUUGUCAUAUUUUUUCAAACCAACCUCUAAGGAUGAAAAUUUACAUACUUAUCAACCUUGGUGGAUAGAAUCAUUUAGUCCUACAUAUUUUGUUGAGCCCCAUGCUGCGCGUGCAGCAAAUGCGACCUUCAUGAAACGAAAUCAUAACCAUAGAUACGCGAUAAGAGUAAUCGCAGCCACACAUCACCAUUAUAAGAUGGUUGAAGGUUUAACUAAUCAAAGAGGAUCACUAACUCACAAUACCUCAUUGAUUAUUAUUGUCAUUUCCAGUGCAUUUAUUUGCGCGGGCGCGAUUCUUAGGUCAGUGGUUCUAUUCCAAGGAAAGCAGCAGAGAUACCAAUCCCAGAUUUGCCAGCCAGUGGUGAUGUAUAUCAUGUGGGGCUUAUUGGAAGUAAUAAUCAAUAUCCUUUUCAUUGUUGGAAGAAUUGAUUUGAGGUUUUACCGUCCCGAUAUUCUUCCACAGAUAGUUCGAUCAAUAAUAACCGCCGAACAGUCUCAUUACAAUUCCGACGAUGAACUAUCUGAGGAUUAUGGCUCGCUUCCUACCAAAUCCAUUAGUUUAAGAACACCCAACCAGGAUUCAGUAACUGCGAAAUCAAUUGGCAAGAUAGCUCCAGACGAUGAUGAUGAUGAAGAUGAAUUUAGAUUUUAA